AUGGCAAUGAAUGAGCAGCAAGUACGUGAAGGCGUACAAAAAUAUGGACCAGCUGUUGGUGCUAGAAAGAUAAUAGAUCAAGAAUACCAACAUGCUUUGGAAACACUAAAUACUGGAAUUUAUGUAUAAAAACAAAUAAUAAUAAGAUUACUUAUUAUUGUGCAGAGUAGAAAUCUGAAUGUAGUAGAAUUGGUUCCACAAGCAAAUGUUUUUGUGGACAUCUAUUUAGUUAACACAAAUAACAAUUAGGUAAAAAAUUUAAUACUGGAUGUGAAAAGUGUGAAUGCAAAAGGUUUUAGUUUGUACCUUCAAGACCAGAAGAAUGUGGAAUGUAUUGGCUACCUCGCAGAAAAGACUUUAAUAUAUUAACAUGGAGACCUCCUUGUAAAUGUAAUCAUGGAUGUGAAGAUCAUCUUCCAAAUUAUCCAUUAAGAUGCAGGAAAUGUCAAUGUUCUGAUUUUGAUUCCUAUUUUGCUUGUAUAGCAUGUGAUAGAAGAUGGGAAUUACAUGAAACUUUAUUUGAAGAUGAGUCAGAAAGAAAAGCAUUAGGCAAAAAAGUUGGUUAGGAUUAUCUUCCUCUAUCAACUACUCCUGACAUCUAAUAGAAUGUUUUUUAGGAUUAGAAAUAUUAAUAAAUGCCAUAAAAAUUAUAAUAAGGAUUAGUUGGAAAUGAUAAACCCUUUCCAAAAUAAUAAAUACAAACUAAUAAAUAAUAACAAUAUACUACUGCUUAUACAAGACCAAAUUAACAAUAAUAAAAGGCUAUUUAGUAAUAAUAAUAAUAAUAAACUAAUAAAAUCGUUUAAAAGAAAAAGUGA